AUGAAGGUUCUUCUGGUGUUUUGCCUUUUUACAGUGAGCACAGUGAUUAGUAAACCGUUGGAUCCAUUCGAGUCUGAUGAUUUCAUACCUCAAGCUGGUGAUGAUCAAUCGAACUUUCAACGUGCUUGGCUGUUAGAAAACUCCGGCUACGAUCAUCUACCAGGUUUACUAGCAGAUGGGGAAAUAAAUGAUGCCUUUGCUUUGCAUUAUCCUGAUCCGGAUAAUUCAAACCAAGAAGCUCCGGCUGGAGCGGAAAUUGAAGAUACCGCUGAUUCCAGUGCUGACGAAGACUCGGUAGAUCAGCAAUUUGGUAAUCAAGAAGAUUUCGUUGAUCCUGAAAAUGAUUCUCAGGCUGACCAGGAAGACAUCUUGCAGCAGCAAUCUGAAAGCCAGGCCGAAGUAGAUAAUCCGGAUGAAAUUCCACAAAGUAACUCUGCUCAGGAAGAAGACAUCCUACAAUCAGAUGAUGAUGAAACGGAUUCAAAUAGUUUGGAAAAUAAUGAAGCUCAACAAGAUGUCAAUGAUCAGGGUGCUUCCGAAAACUUCCUCGGUGUGCAAUCUGAUGAACAAAUCAAUUCUGACAGUUUGGAAAGUGAUGAAAAUCAGCAAAUUAUAGGUCAGCCGUCUGACGAGCAAUCUGAUUCCAACAGUAUUGAAAGUUAUGAAAUUCAACAAGAUAGUAGUGACAGUGAAGAAGAUUCAAUUGAUGAACAGCCUGAUGAUCAAGAAAAUUCCGAAAAUGUUGAAAGUGAUGAAGCUCAACAAAUUAUAACUAAUCAGGAAGGAGAGCUACGGGAAGAAGAUGUAGAACAUAUUUUGAAAGAAGCAUUGGAUGCCCUAGCUGAUUCCAAUAGUUCGGCAAGUGAUGAAGAUGAAGAUUCAGAAGAUAUUAGUGACAAUGAUGAGCAUGAUGCACAGGAACAACAAGUUGACCAAGUUGACCAGGACGGUGACUCCGAUAACGAUUCAUCGAAUCAGUUAGCCGACCAAAUCCAUUCGAAUGAAAUCGAUGAUUCAAAUCAAGGUCCUUUCCGCAAACCGAAAGCUCAUCCACCAUCAUAUUCCAUUGGAUUUCGUUGGUUUCAAUUUUCAAUCGUGAAGAAUCCUUCAAAAGCUUAUUUGUAA